AUGAUCAGCGGACAGGCGAACAAAAAUAUAGAUGUACGACAACACCGCGACUCACAAAUUUAUACAUAUUCUCUGGGCUUCCCAAAAAGGAUUUCAAUAAACAAUGGCGUGAAAGCUUUUUACCCUUUAAACGGUUACGAUGGCACAUUAAAUAACAUACAUUUGGGUCUUAUUUCCGAUUUAAAUGCAGACUAUUUACGUCGUACUUUUGAUUAUGCUAUCGAAGUGGUAAAUUCCGAUUUGACUGUACCGCUAAGAGGCCAUCAGGAAACCAUGGAUUACGGGAAUAUUAUGCAAGGCAUUAAUCAACUGUGCAAGUUGACGAAGUUAGGCGUAGGGGGAAUUUUCGCUCCUUCUGCGGAAAAUACUGCAUCCUAUCUAAUGCAUAUGUGCGAUAGCAAAGAUAUACCAUUCAUUUACUCACACCUUAGUGGACGUUAUGACGCUUUCAAUCUACAUCCUCAUCCUUUAGAUAUUGCGAAAACAAUUCAUGCUAUUGUAGAGCAAUUUGAAUGGUCACGAUUUAUUUACCUUUACGAGAAUUCCGAAUUUCUAAGUAUAUUAGAUGCAUUGAUGUCCUUAUACGUGACGACAGGACCUGUAAUUAAUAUCAUUCAUUAUGACUUAAAUUUAAAUGGAAAUUUUAAAUCAGUUUUACGUAGAGUACGUAAAUCGGUAGAUAAUCGCAUCCUAAUUGUAGGCUCUACACAAUCGGUGGCAGAAUUAUUGAAACAAGCGCAACAAGUUGGCAUUAUGAACGAAGACUAUAAAUAUAUUAUCGGAAAUUUGGAUUUCCAUACCUUCGAUUUAGAAGAAUACAAAUAUAGCGAAGCUAAUAUUACGGGUAUGCGUAUGUUUUCGGCCGAACAAAGUGAAGUGCGAAAUCUUAUGCAAAAUUUAGGUUAUCUUGAUGAAACUACUGAACACGAAAUUAUACGUAAUGGUUCUUGCCCCAUCACUAUGGAAAUGGCUUUAACUUACGAUGCUGUGGUCGCAUUCGCCGAAACUACAAAAUAUUUGCAUUAUGCGCCACAUGCACUUAAUUGUUCAGAUUUCUCAAUUGAUGUACUAGAGGACGGUACAACUUUUAAGAAUUACAUGAGAUCGAUUUUACUUGACCGAAACACAAUAACGGGUCAUAUUUAUUUUGAAGGGUCCAUACGUAAAGGUUCUCAAUUCGAAAUUAUUGAAUUGCAGCCAACCGGUUUGAUAAAAGUUGGCACGUGGCAAGAACAUAAAAAUUUCACCUUUGAACGUCCCAUACAAAUGAAGCCUAUAGCAGAUAAUGUUGACAACUCAAUGAUAAAUAAAACACUUCGAGUUUUAAUAGCGGUGCCGAACAAACCCUAUGCCAGCUUAGUAGAAAGUCACAAGAAAUUGGAUGGCAAUAGUCAAUAUGAAGGUUAUGGUAUUGAUUUGAUUAAAGAAUUAGCCGAUAAAUUGGGAUUUAAUUUCACUUUUAUUAAUGGUGGUAACGAUUAUGGUUCAUUUAAUAAGACGACAAACGUCACCACAGGCAUGUUAAAAGAAAUGGUUGAAGGGCGUGCUGACUUAGCUGUAACCGACUUAACGAUCACUUCGGAACGUGAAGAAGUUAUUGAUUUUUCAAUACCAUUUAUGAAUUUAGGUAUAGGCAUUCUUUACCUGAAACCGCAAAAAAGCAAUCCCACUACUUUCUCAUUUAUGGAUCCAUUUUCGAAGGAAGUUUGGAUUUAUUUAGGUUUAGCUUAUUUAGGAGUAUCACUGUGCUUCUUUAUUUUGGGCCGUUUAUCGCCAACCGAAUGGGAUAAUCCUUAUCCUUGCGUAGAAGAGCCAGACGAAUUGGAAAAUCAAUUCACAAUAAAUAAUGCCCUGUGGUUUACCACAGGAGCGCUUUUACAACAGGGUUCAGAAGUGGCACCAAAAGCCUUGUCUACCAGAACCGUGGCAGCUAUAUGGUGUUUUUUUACUCUUAUAAUGGUUUCUUCGUAUACCGCAAAUUUGGCUGCAUUUUUAACCAUAGAAAAUCCUACUAGUCUUUUAGAAAACGUUCAAGAUUUGUCGGAGAACAAAGGCGGAGUACAAUACGGUGCCAAACGUACCGGUUCGACUAGGAAUUUCUUCUUAACAUCGGAAGAGGAAAUCUAUAAAAAAAUGAAUGAAUAUAUGUUAGCUCAUCCAGAAUAUCUUACCGAAACUAAUCAAGAAGGUUUGGAACGUGUGAAAUCUAGUGAUGUUCAAAAUGGUAAAACCUAUGCUUUUCUCAUGGAAUCAACGUCUAUCGAAUAUAAUACUCAACGAGAAUGUAAACUAACAAAAAUCGGUGAAGCUUUAGACGAAAAAGGUUACGGUAUAGCUAUGGUAAAAAACUGGCCGUACCGUGAUAAAUUCAACAAUGCUUUAUUGGAAUUGCAAGAACAAGGUGUUUUGGCUCAAUUAAAAAACAAAUGGUGGAACGAAAUUGGAGCCGGCGUAUGUAAUUCGAAAUCGGACGGCGGUGUCAGUCCAUUGGCUUUUAGCAAUUUGGAAGGUAUUUAUUACGUUCUAAUUGUUGGUUGUGCUAUAUCCAUGGUUUUCGGCAUAAUCAAUUGGUGCUUCGAAGUGGCCAGAAAAGCACAAAAUUAUAACGUACCGUUUAGUGCUGCCGUGAAAGAAGAGUUUAAAGCUGUUACAGAUUUUACAAAUAACGAACGUCUGCUGAAAUGCGCCAAUUCUAUAUACUCACGCAGCCGCAAUUCAUCAAUUGAUUCAACAAUAGAUUCAUUCGAAACCGAUUCGAAUGAUGAGAGUAUGAGCGAAAAUGAGAAAGAGGAAUAAAUCAAUGGAAAAGCUUUUUUACUUUCUCUUUUCAAAAUUUUCCAAUUUUAAUCAGUCGAUCUCUACUGGAAAAUCAUAGUAAAGAAUUUAGUCGCGUUUCUCUCUUGCGUUCGCAAACAUUGAAUUUGAAAUAUUUGUGUACUUGUGUCUAAAAAUGUUGAUC